UCAACGCCAAACCCUCAUCAGAACAGCGGAAAGACGAGAAGAAUCUUCGAUGAGAAGGGGCACAUGAAGAAAAAGAAACUUCCACAUUGCAAUUUUAUAAUUAGUACGCCUUUUGGCUAGCCCAGUCUGUCAGGAUCGGAUCGGGAGAAUUCAUGGUCCGACUGCUCCCAAAAUCGCUGUGGUUACACCGUUUGAGGGAAACAAGUAUUCCGUGGAAACAAUGAAACCUGUCAAAAACGAUUGACGGACCUUGCCAUCCACAAAUUCGCGUCGCGCAAAGUGUAGAUUCCUCGCGGUUUUUGUUUUGAAUCGUCAUGGAGGAUUCUGAGCAAGUGAUCCGGCCGACCGGAACCGUCGUCCCUUCAGACGCGAGCGAAAACCGAAAAGAUUUAGCGCAGAAGAAUGAGAAAAACGACGACGUUUCACGGACGGAGCGGUCUAGCGAUAGUCGCGUCCCGGGAGUUGAGGAGGCUCGCGCCAAGGCCGAAACGGGUGAACCCAACAAACCCAGGGCUCGUACCAUACGGAACCAGAGCGACAUAUUCUCGUUGAAGCCCGAGCCGACCGAGCUGGCGACGUCGAUUUUCUCGAUCAACGGCUCGCCGUCCCGCAAGAUUUUUCGUAAGACGGAACCUUUACCGACCGGAAACGUUCCCCGCGGCGGGGAUGAUGCUGCGUCGACCGACCCGAAAAUGGCGGCAACUAGGCCCGUGACGCGCAUCACCAGAGAAAAUUACAACGACGAGAAACGCCCGUCGAGUUCCUACAGGAACCCAUUGACGGGCUCGGGUCUGUCCUCGAACGACGAAUACAAGAGCAAAGGGGCGAAGAGAAAAGACGGUAACCCGUUGCUGGGUUCGGGAUACGAGUCGGAAUUGGCGGGGAUCGGGUCCAGCGACAGGGUCCCACCAGGAGGCUACUCCCAUAGGUUAUGGUGACGGUGUCGCGGAGCUUGGGAACAAAUUGACCGGGAUACGAUAAAACACAAACCGCGAAUAAAUGGAACUUUAGAAUAAACGAGCUUUGAUUUAUUUUUACGUGUAAAAAGUGUCAAAAUCUUUUUGGUUUUUUGGGCAUCGCCGUGGUGCAUUUUUUUAUUCAAAAUAAAGCAGUAAGCUUUUUGGAUUAAAAAAAAAACAAAAGUAUUUGUUUACAAAGAAAAAACUUUAGCGCAAGGAAGAUUCGGUACGAAAAUUUCACCGCAAACAGAAACGUCACUACAUGCGUUACCAUGGCAAUCUGUCAAACCAAUCAGUUGUGAUUGGUUACAAACUGUGUGAAAUUUUCAUAGUUAGUUAUCGAUAUAUUAGUAUUCAGUCACCAUAAAA